AAAACUUGAAAAAGGCAUGUGCCAGGAGUGUACACCGUCGUAUCUACUCGACAAGAGUCUUGACUUCACUUCACAAGUCUUCAGUUCAGGCUUGGCAUGCGGUAGCAUCCGGGCAUGGCUAUGCCUAUGGUGCCGCUCCUUUCUGCUGCUGCCCUGAGAGUGAGACGGAACGAAUCUGCUGCCACAGUGCUGGCCGCGUGAGCCAAGAAAUGUUGCUGUCGUACUUUUUUUCUAACUGAAAGUUCCGUACGAAUUUGUCCUCUGUACGCCUACGCUAAUCAGUUGAGGUGGUCUCUGUAGUCAAGCUUGUAAUUCUUCUUGAGCAAAUGGGGCCGAAUGGCCUCCCUUCGAGGGGCAUGCGCUUGGAGGCUUUCGUGGAGGAAACCCUGGAUGAUCUGCUGGUAGUGUCUGUGACCGUUGCUGGAAGAAAACUUCAAGGAAUCCUAUUUGACACAGAGAAAAGGUCUGGACAAGCUGCUGGAAAUGACAGUGCACUUGUAAAUGGUGUAGACCGUCAGUCCCUCUCUAGUUCUUCCUCUGUACCGCGCCAUACUGCAACAAGCUCUGUUGCACAGAGUACUCAACAAACAUCCACAGUGCAUGAAGAUCGCCUCUCCUCUGCUCACCCCGUUGCUACACUUGGUGACAGGAAGACAAGUCUUGCGGAGCCCGGUGUCAAGCGCAAAUCAACGUCUUCUCCAUCCAGUAAGCAAAGUCCUGCAAGAAAGCGUCUCUUUGCAAAUGAUGGUGCAACUAGUCAGUCGGCGACAGUGGACGCAUCAAGCACACAGAAAUCACCGUCAUCUCGUCACACCGUAGUGUUAUCUUCUUGUGGUGAAGAAACAGAUGGCGAUGACUUUGGCUCUACAUCUGAAGAAACAGCUGGUUCUCGACCGCAACACCAUGCUGUUUCCAGCAAGCGGCCACGUCUGCGUGGUAUGGCGCGGCGUGGUCGAGUGUCUCUACUUGCUGUGCAACGACAUCAGCAGCCCGGUGACUCGCUGCUAGAAAGAGAGGCGGCCGCGUCCAGCUCUAACGUGAAAGCAGCUGCUAAAACUGGCUGUGUUCGACUGAGAGGAGCUGGACGCGGUAGACCUCCUUUAUCUGGCCGUGGACAGCAGCGCAAAGGAGCGGCUUCCAAUAGUGCAACACUGCGUUUGCUCAGCAGUGAUAGUAGUGAUAGUGCUGCCGGUUCAACUCCCACCAAAACCACUUCAUCCAGGGGCGGCGGUAGAGUUCGGUUGCGAGGUGGUCGUGGUAGAGGAGCUGCAGCGGCUGCACGUCUAAGUCGUCAGCACGUGUCACGAGGUGCCAGUCUAGCAGCUGCAACAUCUAAAGCUGGAAGCAGACCGCCGGUGAGUGAUGAGGAAAGCAGUACUGCUCUCUUCAGUGUCCCUGCAAGACAAGCUAACACUGCACCGGCUGUACGUGGCGGUGUACGUCUACGUGGCCGUGGCGGUAUGCGUCGACCACCAACACGAGGGUCUCUCUCCUCCUCAAGCAGAACAGGAACAGCAAUGGAAGUAAAUGAUGAAGAUGAGGAUUUUGCUACAGUGACCAUAUCACCUUCAACUAUAACGAAUAUCGGCGUAAAAACGAGUACGAGUGAACAUGAACAUGCUACUGCAAGUGCAAGUAAGAAGUCACAUUUGCUCUCCAUUGACCUUGCCGGUGCUAAUGGCAUGAGCAGGCUAAGAGAUGCUGAGAGAGAUGUGAAGCGAAGAUCUGAUCAGUCCAGUCCGACUACCGCAGAUGCUAACAGCCGCUGCACUACUCCUACUACUUGCCAAAGCGAUGAUGACGAUGAACAACAGCAGCAACAGUCUGCUCGACUUGUGUGUAAGAACAGUCCACUUAGCCGCAGUGCUGCCGCUAGUCUUGUUGCCAGUCAUUCUCCUAAACAACGUACACCUAUGGCAUCUACCUCCUCUCCAGCCUCUGACCUGGAGAUGCCAUUGUCACCUGUGUUAAGUUUCCACAAGAGUGCUUUCAGGAUAGGUGAUGUGGUCUGGGCGAAAAUGGUCGAUGCACCAUGGUGGCCUGCAGUUGUAGAGUCAAUACGCUCGUCAAACACAGCGUCUGCAGCCAUGCAAGAUCUCAGCCUUCUAUUCCUUGGCCGUAAAGGAUCAACACAGACAUCUCUACUGCCAACAACGUUAGUUGCACCAUUUGUUGCUGGCUUCAAGGCCAAGUUUCUGCCCAAGAAGCGCACGUCUACUUACGUCCGAGCUGUCCAGGAAGCCUGUGAGAGGUGUAACGUUGAUCCUCCUCCAGUUCCACAGGCACCAAGCAAACCUGCUUUGUCCCAUGCUGCCGCCGGUAGUAGUUCAGAGACUAAGUCCGGUCGUGAGGAUUCAAUCAGCUCGGAUCAGACAGCAGAUUCAUAUCUUCUCUCCCCAGUCAAGAUUGUUGCUACCAGUAGUGAACCUGAUAUUGGUUUGUCCGCUCUUGGUACUGCUACUGCUACUGCUACGGCUACUGCAGCUGCUGCUUCUACGGCUACUGGCACUGCUGAAAGCACUGUUGGCGUGACUUGCAACACAGUUGCUAGUGAGCAGGGUGUGGUCAAGGUUGAAUCACUGGAAUCCGUUACUAGUCUGCAGACACAUCCACCGGCAUCGCCCUAUCACUAUUCAUCUGCUAAUGAUAGCAGUUAGCUGGCAACUACCUGAGCUACAUCUGCUAAUGAUAGCAGUUAGCUGGCAACUACCUGAGCUAACGUUACAUCUACUAAUGAUAGCAGUUAGCUGGCAACUACCUGACCUGCAUCUACUAAUGAUAGCAGUUAGCUGGCAACUACCUGACCUGCAUCUACUAAUGAUAGCAGUUAGCUGGCAACUACCUGAGCUACAUCUGCUAAUGAUAGCAGUUAGCUGGCAACUACCUGAGCUAACGUUACAUCUACUAAUGAUCGCAGUUAGCUGGCAACUACCUGACCUGCAUCUACUAAUGAUAGCAGUUAGCUGGCAACUACCUGAGCUGCAUCUGCUGGUGCUUCAGGUGUUGUUGCUGCUGCUUAUUCUCUCUCUCUCUCUCUCUCUCUCUCUCUCUCUCUCUCUCUCUCUCUCUCUCUCUCUCUCUCUCUCUCUCUCUCUCUCUCUAUCUAUCUAUCUAUCUCUCUACCCAGUGCUGCACUUCCCCCUUACACACAGUGCUGUUUAGUCCUGUUGUGUCCUGUGUAUGGUCAAGCCUCCACCACUUGCCCUCCUCCCCCGGUGCACACCAGAGAGUUGUAUGUAGGGUCUAGUCCACUCACUGGCGCAUGCACAUGCACAUAUAUACACACACGCACACACACACACACACACACACACACACACACACACACACACACACACACACACACACACACACACACACACACACACACUUGGAAACAGAUUUCAUAAUUUUCGCCUGAGCUUGACACCAUUCCCAGUUUUUUUGUAAUCUCGCUACUCUAAAACUAGUACACAUUUUGUAAUGUUCUAUAUCCAUUCUCCAGUCAGCUAGAUCAGUUUUGUUUACCUAGUGUUUGUUUACGUUAGCAUACCACCCAGCAUACUACCCAGCAUACCACCCAGACCCUCGUCUUACAGACCAGUGCAGUGUGUAGGAUUUUUAUUACCUUACUACACAAUCAUGUAACGUUACAUUGGUAUUAGCACUUUUUUGUAGCCCUUCAUUCUCCUUCACAUUGCAACGUCUCGGUUAUCAUGAAACUCCUGUCAUGAAAGGUUUUAUACUCUGGUGCA